AUGGUGAAGGUAGCUAAGGAAAUUCAGAUGGAGAACCCAAGAGAGGCAGAGACUCCCAGCACAGGAGCCACGUGCUCCCCGUCGGAAGAACAAGCAGAAAAGCCCUCCAUGCUCUGUUUCAAGAAGCGGAAGAAGCCCUGCAAGAAAGGGCUGACCGUGAAGGAUCCACGUGAAGGGGCCUCGGAGGAGAAAAGCCAAUGUGUCAGUGCCAGCCAAGGGGAGGCAAAUGUUUCCAAUCCAUCACGGCCCUCCAAAGGGGCCUGGACAGCCAUCAAAAACCUCACAAGACCUCGGAGAAGGCAGAAAUCCUCCUCGCGGAUGAAGGUGCCCUCCGAUUCUCAGGUGCAGCUGGAGGUGGAUGCUGAGGAGAGCUGUGCACAAGGUGUCCUGAAGAAACGGGUGAGCUCAGGGGUAAAGAUGCCCUGCGUACGGUUCUCCAGAGGCAGGAAAAGGUCCAGCCCCUCGGAAGCAGUGGAGGAAUCGGAGGACAGUGUUCAAGCAAAUGAAGUGGUGGGUGUUUUGAAUAAAGCUAGUGAGAAGCUGGAGGAGUUAGCCCCAACAGAAAAGCCUGAAUCCUUCAGCCCAGUCUCUGCAGAAGAGGACCAUGUUACAGUGAAGGAGGACCAGGAUAGAGUGAAGGAGGACCAGGAUAGAGUGAAGGAGGACCAGGAUAGGGUAAAGGAGGACCAGGUUACAGCAAAGGAGGACCAGGUUACAGCGAAGGAGGACCAGGUUACAGCGAAGGAGGACCAGGUUACAGCGAAGGAGGACCAGGUUACAGCGAAGGAGGACCAGGUUACAGCGAAGGAGGACCAGGUUACAGCGAAGGAGGACCAGGUUACAGCGAAGGAGGACCAGGUUACAGCGAAGGAGGACCAGGUUACAGCGAAGGAGGACCAGGUUACAGCGAAGGAGGACCAGGUUACAGCGAAGGAGGACCAGGUUACAGCGAAGGAGGACCAGGUUACAGCGAAGGAGGACCAGGUUACAGCGAAGGAGGACCAGGUUACAGCGAAGGAGGACCAGGUUACAGCGAAGGAGGACCAGGUUACAGCGAAGGAGGACCAGGUUACAGCGAAGGAGGACCAGGUUACAGCGAAGGAGGACCAGGUUACAGCGAAGGAGGACCAGGUUACAGCGAAGGAGGACCAGGUUACAGCGAAGGAGGACCAGGUUACAGCGAAGGAGGACCAGGUUACAGCGAAGGAGGACCAGGUUACAGCGAAGGAGGACCAGGUUACAGCGAAGGAGGACCAGGUUACAGCGAAGGAGGACCAGGUUACAGCGAAGGAGGACCAGGUUACAGCGAAGGAGGACCAGGUUACAGCGAAGGAGGACCAGGUUACAGCGAAGGAGGACCAGGUUACAGCGAAGGAGGACCAGGUUACAGCGAAGGAGGACCAGGUUACAGCGAAGGAGGACCAGGUUACAGCGAAGGAGGACCAGGUUACAGCGAAGGAGGACCAGGAUAGAGUGAAGGAGGACCAGGUUACAGUGGAGGACCAGGAUAGAGUGAAGGAGGACCAGGUUACAGUGGAGGACCAGGAUAGAGUGAAGGAGGACCAGGUUACAGUGGAGGACCAGGAUAGAGUGAAGGAGGACCAGGUUACAGUGGAGGACCAGGAUAGAGUGAAGGAGGACCAGGAUAGAGUGAAGGAGGACGAGGAUACAGUGAAGGAAGACCAGGUUACAGCGAAGGAGGACCAGGUUGCAGUGAAGGAAAGUGACAGCUCUAUUGGGAAGAGGGCGCCCUUGACAGAGCCCACACCUGAUGCAGAGGAACAUACUGAGUGCACUGUUCAGUUGGAGAUAACCGAUUCAGCGACAGCUAGUGAAACAGCCCAGGACAAGCUGCAGCAGGGGAGCCUACCCCCAACCGUGGACCAUGUGGAGGGGGGGGAAGUUGUUCCUGAAGUGUCUGUAUCCCCGGACAAACCUGGCAGUGCCCCUGGAACUGCUGAGCUGCAGGAAAUCCCUACUGUCUGCAAGGAGCUGCCCGACUCAGGAAAGAGCCCAGACCUUCCCGAGGAGGCUGUGCUGGGGCUCAGCGAGGAGGCACCUGGAGGAGCUGCAGCGAGUGUGCAGGGAUGCUCCAGCCAUCAGGGGCCAAGAGAAGCCAGUGCGGGAACCGGCAUCGGCAUCAUCAUCACCAUCACUGAGGCUGAGGACUCCGACAACACCGACUCGGACCAGGCCUAUGAGCCGUCCCCAGUUUUGCAGCAAAAUAAGCAAAAAGGAAACAAAAAAUCCAGCAAGAAUGCCGAUGCUGGUAAAAAAGAGGGCCCCGAGGCUGGCGGCAGUCCCCAGGCGGAGGUAAAAGGUCUGGGUGAGCAGGGGCACAGAACUGGGGAGCAGUACGAGUUGCUCCUCAUAGAAACUGCCUCAUCCCUGGUGAAGGCAGCCAUCCAGUCAUCCAUAGAGCAGCUGGUCAGCGAGAUGGCCCUGGAACAGAAUAAACACAACAGCUUCCUGUGA